AACAUAGAUAAGAGUCCCCAGCAUCAUGACAAUUAACACAGACGACCAGUAUGCCGAUAAUGAAAGCAAAAGCAACAUUACCACCAGACGAAACACCUAUCAGUGUAUCUGGCGUUUAAGCUGCGAGUCCAGGAAUUAUGAUUUCCCACCUACUUCAUACCGCUACAGCACCAGCAGCUACCAGGAUGUAGAUGACGGUAUCAACCAUUCGAUGAGCAACAAUGACAAAUCCACGCUGAUUCAGGUGUGGAAGCCCAAAAGCUACGGUGCCGUGAAGGGACAGAUUCCACAGCACGAUCGGCUCACGUACACGUGGAAGGAAAUCGAUGUGUUUGGCGAGCUGCCAGGAGAUGCCAAAAAGGAACCCCUGUGCAGCAGAUUGUGUUCGUGUUUUUCAAGUCAGAAGAAAGAUAUCAAUCCACGCAAACACCUGCUCAAGAAUGUCACCGGAAUGGCAAAAAGCGGAGAACUGUUGGCAGUGAUGGGCAGUUCCGGGGCAGGAAAAACGACUUUGCUAAACGCAUUGUCAUUCAGGUCACCACCGGGGGUGAAAAUCGCUCCUACAUCGGUUCGUGCAUUGAAUGGAAUACCGGUCAAUGCGGAACAGCUGCGUGCUCGUUGUGCCUACGUACAACAGGAUGAUCUAUUCAUUGCUGCGCUCACUACUCGGGAACACCUCAUCUUCCACGCAAUGCUACGUAUGGGCAAAGAUGUGCCCAAGAGCGUCAAAAUGAACCGCGUCAACGAAGUACUUCAGGAGCUUUCGUUGUCCAAGUGCGCGGAUACGAUCAUUGGAGCUCCCGGUCGAAUGAAAGGCCUAUCCGGUGGCGAAAGGAAACGGUUAGCAUUUGCAUCGGAAACGCUGACCGAUCCUCACUUGUUGCUCUGCGAUGAACCCACUUCCGGUUUGGAUUCGUUUAUGGCCCACAGUGUACUUCAGGUGCUGAAGGGAAUGGCUCUAAAAGGAAAGACGAUAAUAUUGACCAUACACCAACCGUCAUCGGAAUUGUACUGCCUGUUCGAUAAGGUCCUGCUGGUGGCCGAAGGACGGGUUGCUUUCCUGGGGUCUCCCUACCAAGCGGCGGAGUUCUUUUCACAACUGGGAAUACCCUGCCCGCCGAACUACAAUCCAGCCGAUUUCUACGUCCAAAUGUUGGCCAUAGCACCAAACAAGGAGACCGAGUGCCGGGACACAAUCAAGAAAAUUUGCGACUCUUUUGCCGUUAGUCCGAUUGCUCGGGAGGUAAUGGAAGUGGCCAACACCGGAAAGAACGUCGAAGAACACUAUUUCCUGCAGCCCAUGGAAGGAGUAAGCCGAACGGGAUACCGAUCGACUUGGUGGACCCAGUUCUACUAUGUUUUGUGGCGUUCAUGGUUAACGGUGCUCAAGGAUCCGAUGCUGGUUAAAGUUCGACUGCUACAAACGGCGAUGGUGGCUUCGCUGAUAGGAUCGAUUUACUUUGGCCAAAGGCUAGACCAGGAUGGAGUUAUGAACAUUAACGGAGCGCUGUUUCUGUUUCUUACGAAUAUGACAUUCCAGAAUGUGUUUGCAGUGAUUAACGUAUUUUCCGCUGAACUACCAGUGUUUCUACGGGAGAAACGGUCACGGCUGUUCCGUGUCGAUACAUAUUUUCUGGGUAAAACAAUUGCCGAGGUGCCACUAUUUCUUGCCGUUCCGUUUGUGUUUACUUCGAUAACCUACCCGAUGAUUGGUCUUAAAAGCGGCGCGGUGCACUACCUGACGGCUCUUAUGAUUGUGGUUUUGGUCGCAAACGUGGCGACAUCUUUCGGCUAUCUAAUCUCCUGCGCCAGUUCAUCAAUCUCAAUGGCUCUAUCCGUCGGUCCACCGGUCAUUAUUCCGUUCCUGAUUUUCGGAGGCUUUUUCCUGAAUUCGGCAUCGGUUCCAUCUUACUUCGAGUACUUAUCCUACUUAUCAUGGUUCCGCUAUGCAAACGAGGCACUGCUGAUCAACCAAUGGAGCACGGUCGAGGAGGGGGAUAUAGCCUGUACCCGAACGAACGUGACCUGCCCGAGUUCCGGUCAGAUCAUCCUCGAGACGUUCAAUUUUAAGGUGGAAGACUUCGGAUUCGAUAUUACCUGUUUAUGUGUAUUGAUUGUAGUUUUCCGCGUUGGAGCACUGUUUUGUCUGUGGCUGCGCUCACGAAGUAAGGAGUAAAACUCUGGUAGAUUUAAUCGUAUACGUAAAGUGAAAAUCAAGGAUGUCAUCACAAGAAUCUAGUUUAGUCAUACCUUCCGCGUAGCAUUUAGUUCGACCAAACUUCUAUGUAAUGUGAGAUUGUUUGUUUCUGGUAGUAGCGCAAUUUGGCUCGAAUAUUUUUUUAUUACAUUAAAAAAAAUAUUCAAAUAAUACACUUUUUUUAAAA